AUGACAACAUUAACCUAUUUAAACCUUGAAAAUAACCAACUUGAAAAAGUUCCAAUAAUUACUCAAUUAAAUAAUUUAAAUAUUUCUGACAAUCCUCUACUAAAUGAUAAACUUAAUUUUAUUCACCUUCGUCAAAUGACAUCUCUAACAUCAUUAACAAUAAAUCCAUCAACAGUUAAACAGAGAGUGUCUUUACAAGAACUUAGCUCUUGGUUAGAUGAAAUUAUAGAAUUUGAAAAUUCAAAAAAGAAAGGUUCUCAAAGACUUAAACUCUUAAAAGCACAAAGAAACUAUCUUAAUAAAGUUUUAUCAUUCACUAAUCCAACUACGAGAUAUUGUGAUGUUUAUACAAAGCUGUUAUUGGUAUUUUUACCUUAUAUCAAAGAAUUUAACUCAACUCUAAUAACUAUGAAUACAAAAGUAGAAUUAAAUCAAUCUAUAUUAGAUACUUUCCAAUUCAGAAAUGAAAUUAAUUUAAUUAGUCAAUUAGAAACAAGAAUACAAGGGAAUUCUAAAAAUAUUAAAUUAGGUAUUUCUUCUCAACUUUCUUAUUCAAGACUUGAACGAAUCUUUCAUACUAUUAAAGAUCCGAGACAAAUAGAUUUUUCAUUAAUUAAUCCAGGUUCUAUUGCAUUAACUACGAAAAAUGGAAAAUUGUUUGUAGGAUGUAUUCAUUCAGAAAAACUUAUAGAAUAUGAAACAGUAUUUGAUUCACUCACACUAGGUCUCAAUUGGGGAAAAACUUUAAAUACAAGUUCAAAAAUAUUGGUUGGUUCAUUAGAUGGAAUGGUUUCAUUAUUUGACACAAACACUAAAUACUCACUAAAAACAAUUGAUAAUUUACAAAGAGUUUCAUCUUUAUCAAUCAAUUGUGAUAGUUCUAAAUUCAUUUCUUCAGGAUAUGAAAAUAAUAUCUUUGUAUUUAAUUUUGAAACAAUGCAACUCCAUAGAGUUCUUGGAGGAUUUCAUAAUGACAUAAUUAAUGUUGCUAGCUUUAGUAAAAAGAAUCCUUCUAUUCUCUCUGCUUGUUCGUAUGAUAGAAUAGUCACUUGUUGGGACCUUAGAACACCCUGUCGUUCUCCUAUUUUACAAUUCACUGGACAAACACCACUAACAACAACAAUGUAUUCAGAUGAUGACAGUUCAAUAGUUAUUGGUGGUGAAGAUGGUUAUGUUGUUGAUAUUGAUACAAGAACAGUUAACCCAAAGUCAAUGAAGUCUGAAAGGUCUUGGCAAUCAAAAAACGCUACAAGAGCCAUAUACUCUAAUAGCAACAAUUCAAUACUCUCAAUUGAUAGUAGUGAUGUUGUUCAUGUAAAUGACAGAUUUACUGGAAAAAAAGUAACAGAUCUUAUCUUUGACUGGGACUCAUUGAAUGAACCACUUAAUGGGAAGCUUCUGUCUAUUAAGAGAGAUCCUUUUAAUGAUGAAGAGUAUUAUUUUAUUCGGUUAAAUAAACAACAAGAAGAAAAAAAUUAUUCUUUAUUGAAAACAAUAGUUAUCUAA